GUCGAAGCUGAUCGGUCAUUUAAAGUAAAUGUGCUCUUUUUUGAACAUAGACAUAAAUUUUUUUCCCUCCUUAUUUUGAUAACGCAAUAGUGUCGCGCAUCGGCAUAUGAGAGAAAAUUAAUAAAUUUAUUGAAUGAGACGAGAAAAAAAAAUAUAUAAUUCAUUAACGCGACCUGGAGAUCAGUUGCAAUCGGGCAUUCAAAUCUUUUGAAUCGCGGAAAUACAACUAGUGAAUGUGAUACUUGACAAUUAUUUGAAUUUAAUGUGAAAUAGAAGCUUUAAAUAUUCUUAAACUAAUUUUUAAUAAAUUAUAACAAUUAAAUAUCUAAAUCAGCACGAAAUUAAACGAAAUUUAAUUAAUAAGUAUUUAUGCAAUUUAAGUGUUUUGAAAUUUCGCAGUGCAGUUUAGAAAAAAAAAUAACAUAAACUUGUUAAAGUUAAUCGUGUGCAAUAUUAAAGAAAAUAAAAAAAAAGUCAGACAUAUGAAUUGCAUCGAUUGCGGUGCACUAAUUAUUAUGUGAAUGAAAUUUCUUUCUUGGCUGUUUUAAAAAGAAGGAAAUUGGUGUAAAAUUACAUGUUAAUAGCCAAAAAACUGAUUACUUUACAUUGUACAAAACUAAGGCUGGAAAUUUAAAUUACAUGCAAUUUUUUAUUUUGCACAAUUUAUCAAUUUCUUAACAAACUAUUAAAAUUCACACAAGACUUGCUGGAAUAAAUUAAUCAUGAAAGAGAUUAUAAAUUUCUUCGCUGGUCGCCGUUACUCGGCGGUAAAUACUUGCGAAAUGCAAGUUAUGGACAGCACAAUAGGAAAAAAUCAUAAAAGUUUAAAUCAAAAUCGACCGUCGUUGAAUCGAGGAUUAUCUGUGCUGGAUGCUCUGUUCCAUGAUAGGAAAAAAGGAAAGCAGACGAGGAGUCCAACUUUCAUAUUCUUCUUACUUACCACCGGUCUUUUACUGAUAUGCUCAGGCAUUUUUGUAUUAUUAUUUCAUCCAUAUGACCUUAUAUUUAAAUGGAAACUUUUAUUGGCUGAGGAUGGUGAAAUUUUUCAAUUAUGGGAAAGACCACCAGUAGAUUUAUUCCUCAAAGUAUAUCUGUUUAAUAUUACAAAUCACGAAGACUUUAUGAGUGGUCGAGCGAAGAAGCUUAAUGUUGAAGAAAUUGGCCCUUACGUAUAUCAGGAGUUAAUGACCCAUGAAAAUGUAACAUUCAACAGUAACGGAACAUUGUCAACGAUACCAAAUCAUCCGCUAUUGUGGAGAGGAGAUUUAUCUGAAGGACGACAGGAAGACGAUAUUUUCUAUUUACCCAAUAUUGCAUUGUUAGCAAUUGCACAUGUUGCAGCACCAAAGAAUUAUUUCUUCAGACUCCCUGUCAAUAUCUUUGUGAGGAAAGAAAAUAUUCAGCCGGUCGUUAAGAUGACAGCUAAGGAGUUCAUGAUGGGUUAUGAAAGUCCUUUAACGACCCUUGGAAAUACUCUCUUGCCUCAUUGGAUUCAUUUUGAUAAAGUCGGACUCAUUGAUCGUAUGUACGACUUUAACGGAGAUUUUGCAACAUAUUAUACGGGAGAGAAUGACAUUCGAAUGUCGGGACUUUACGAUACAUUUCAUGGCUCACCGGAUUUACCACAAUGGAAAGGAGAGCAUUGUAGUAAUAUUCAAGGCGCAAGUGAUGGAACAAAGUUCAUGAGCUUUAUGCAGGAAAACGAUACACUGCUAUUCUUCCGAAAAAGCAUGUGCCGUCCACAAAGACUUAAGCGACUAGGCAAAGUCGAUCCUGUUCAAGGUCUAGAGGCUGUUAAAUUCACAUUUGAGGAUAAUGCGCUCGACAAUGGUGUCCAUAAUGAUUUAAAUAAGUGCUUUUGUCGUGAUCCAAACAAAUGCCUUACGGAAGGUCUCAUCGACGUGACAGACUGCUAUUAUGGUUUCCCAAUCGCCCUUAGCUAUCCACAUUUUCUCGAUGCUGAUCCAGUUUUGUUAGAAAAUGUGACUGGAAGUAAACCGAAUCGUUCAUUACAUGAGAGCUACUUCGUACUCAAUCCUCUGUCUGGUCUUCCUUUGAAACUGUCGGCAAAGUUCCAAAUUAACAUGGCUAUGUCGGAUGUACGCAAUAUGGCUCAUGUAGAAAAGUUCUCUCAUCUUACGAUUCCGAUGUUAUGGUUUGAAAUCAGUAUGAUGGAAUUGCCAAAACGUCUUGAAGAUCGUUUCAGCCUAUACUUGAAUAUCUUACCAGUUGUUGAAAAAGUUGGCCUUUAUGGAUCAUUAAUACUUGGAUUAGCACUCUCAAUUAUAGCUGUGACACGAGUAGCACUACGCGCAUCUAAAUUUGUAGCAUCGCCUUAUCAUCAAAAGUAUCAUCAUAAUUUAGUCAACAAUUCCGUCUAUAAUGCAUGCGAGGAGAAGUUGUCAUCAAGAAAUCAAUCAGUGACGAACGAAAAUUCCCAAAGAGCAAAGAAUAGCAGUGACGAUGUAGAUGGGGAAAAUGAUAAUAAAAUGUCCGAUGACAAUGAUGAUGCUCACUGUUUAAAUAUUAUCAGACGUGAUGACCAAUAUGAAUUAGAGAAUGACGAUGCACUUUCUGAUAUUGACUAUAAUGAUGACGGGGAGAGCUCCAACGGUUCAUUAGAUCAGACAGAGUCCGAUGAACGGAGUGAGCAGUCACAGAAAUUUAUGGAAAUAGAUUUAACAGAAGCGGAAAAUCAUGGAAUUAGAGAUUCUCUUGUGUCAACUGUAAGACGAUUAUCAGAUGGAUAUAUUGAGAUUGCGCAAGCACUUAUGGGAAACAAGCGUGAUACGCUCUUGAAGAUUGUUGAAUCCGAUGAUGAUGAGAGUUGAGGGAUAAAGAAGAGCGGAAGAUUUGUACACUCAUCGAUGAUAAACAGAACAAUUAUUCAAGUUUAUGAUGAAAGAAGACUGGCAAUGUUUAGCACCACUUUUGUAUUAUUUUAUGCAUUAUCAUCAUCACCACGUACUUUUUAAAUGUUUUUUUAUAAGAAAAAAAAUCAUGAUGAUUAAUCAACUUAUCUCGAUUGGUUACCAACAACAUUAUUUAUUUUAUGACUUGAUCAUGGAUUGUACUGCAUUACCCUAAAGGGAAAGAUCGCGUUUGUUUCCUUUAGUCUGAGAUUAAUCAUAAACUUUAAAAAUAUAAACGUUCGUUUAAAUUUUGAAAAAUAACUCCCAAAAAAUGUUUGAAUUUCAAGUAAAUUACCAACGUUAUUUUUCAAAAUCUAUCCUUUGUAGGGAAAAUGCGCUAAUGUCGAUCACUAGUUAACCAAACCUAUACUAGUUUCUAAGGUUGUCGAUUUCUUCUUCCUAGAUAAAGUAAAUGACUCUCAAUGUAUUGUAUUAUCACUUUUAUUGACGCACCUCUCAUGCUCAUAAGUAAUUACAUAAUUUACAUGGUAAUGUUUAAAUGGACACGAGCAUUCACGCAUAAAUUGAAACACAUACUUAUGUUUAAGUAUCAUCGAUUAUCUAAAGCCAUUCGCAUAUCAUUCUAGCUUUUAAUGUCAAAACUGUGAUGUUUUUUAAACUGUGUAGGAAAAAAAAGCUUUUAAAAUCAUAUUUAUGCUGGCUACGUAUGCAUAAAUUGUAUGUGAGAAAGAAUUAUCUUUACCAGUGACAAUUUUAAAUUAUAAAGAUCCAAUAAGAAAUUAUUUAAUUAAAUUAUUAUUUAAGUCAUUUUAAAAAACAAAACUUUGAUUGCAAUUAAUUUAUUUUAAUUUGUGUGUCUAGUUUAGUGCCAUUGUCUCAAUGAUCACUUAGUGUACUUAGGUAUAUUGAAAAGAUACUUAAAUGCAUGCCAGUAAACAAGAUUCAACAAAUUUAUAAGAUUGUAAACUCUGUUCAACAAAACUUAUAAUAAGCUUUAAUUUUAUUUUUAUAAAUCAAAUGAAUAAAUGUAUGAAUUAAAUUCAUUAUGA